UCGGACGUCGCUGCGAGCCAAGCACACGCUCUUUCCCAGCUCACGCGCUUCGGCGGCGGUAUAAAAGCGUCUGUGUUCCCCCCACCACCGUCAUGUCUGAGUCGCCGGACAAACGGAGAAAGAUGGAGUCUGCCCUGGACCAGCUGAAAAAAUACACCGUAGUUGUCGCAGACACCGGAGACUUCAACGCCAUUGAAGAAUAUAAGCCCCAGGAUGCUACGACAAACCCCUCCCUCAUCUUGGCAGCAGCCAAGAUGCCAGCCUAUCAGCAGUUGAUGGACCAGGCAAUCAAAUAUGGCAUUGCCCAAGGCGGGACUGAAGAUGAGCAAGUGACCAACACUGUGGACAAGCUCUUUGUAAUCUUUGGGCUGGAGAUUCUGAAGAAGAUCCCUGGUAGAGUCUCCACAGAGGUGGAUGCAAGGCUGUCAUUUGAUAAAGAUGCAAUGGUGACUCGUGCACGAAGACUCAUUUCCCUGUAUGAAGAGGCUGGAGUGAGUAAAGAUCGGGUGCUUAUCAAGCUUUCUUCCACGUGGGAGGGCAUUCAGGCUGGCCGGGAGCUGGAGGAAAAGCAUGGGAUCCACUGCAACAUGACCCUGCUGUUCUCCUUUGCCCAGGCAGUGGCUUGUGCUGAGGCCCGGGUCACCCUCAUCUCGCCCUUUGUUGGACGCAUCUUGGACUGGUACAAAGAGAACACUGACCGCAAGAGCUAUGAGCCGCACGAAGACCCAGGUGUGCUGAGCGUCACUAAGAUCUACAACUACUAUAAGAAGUUUGACUACAGUACUGUGGUGAUGGGUGCCUCCUUCAGGAAUAUUGGAGAAGUUAAGGCUUUGGCUGGCUGUGACCUGCUUACAAUCUCACCAGGGCUGCUAGGAGAGCUCAGUCAGGAUCACAGUUCAGUGUCCUGCACGCUCACUCCACAGGGAGCAAAGACAUGUGAUCUAGAGAAGUUGCACCUGGAUGAGAAGGCUUUCCGCUGGCUUCACAAUGAGGACCAAAUGGCUGUGGAGAAGCUCUCUGACGGAAUCCGUAAAUUUGCUGCUGAUGCAGUAAAACUUGAGACCAUGAUCAAGGAGAAGAUGUUUAGCGUGAAGAAUGGACAGUAAUGGAGAAGAGAUGAGGGCCCUGGUGGUCUAGCAGAGGGACUUCGCCUUCUGACUCUUGAUCUCCCCCCAUUCCUGAUGGCCCGUUGAGCUACACUGUGCCACUCUUGGCUGAAAUUGUGACUGACUGCUGAUAGGUUCCAAUGUUGAACGUUCCCUAGUCUUAAAAUUGUGACCAAAAAUAUGAGCUGCACUAAUUAUGAACGUCUAACAAUUGCACUUUUAGCCAUCAUCUAGGAUCAGAAAAAUCCCUUUAUAUCAUAAUAAAUUAGUACCAAGAAAACUUAUCUCAGAUGUUCAAUUAGGUACUUUCUACCUACUCCUCCUCUCCAAGAUGCUGUUGGAAACGGGAGUAGCCUAAGGGCUAGAGUAAAGUGGAUGCCAGCUGUGCAGAUAGAUACAUUUGUAAGGACCAAAGGCCUUGUAACAGGUCCAUGAUCAUGACUAAGUCAGAUCCACUUCUUCAUAUUUCCAAUAAACCCUUGAAGGGAAGUCCCAAACGUUUCACAAAGAAACAAUUUCAGGACAUAUGAGCUAAAUCCCAGUUAUUAAAGAUGUCUUUCCUCAA